AUGAAUGAAUAUGCCACAAAGCUAAAUGUAGAAUGGCCUACUUACAAUACUGUUCAGCUAGAAGGGUUGCUUCCUCGCUUUAUGUCUUUUGUGAUCUUCAAUGGUGAUUCUAGCUCAACAACACUUUAUGAGAUAAUAAGAUCAAAAUCUAAUUUUUAUGGAGUAGCAAAACCAAAUGAAUCCCAAUUUACCGAUGGAAGCAUUGUCUUACCCAUAGGAACUACAGGAUAUGAUUUUUAUUUGCAACACCAUAACGUCAUACCGGUAGCAACUACAGAAUAUGCUUCUAACUUGCAGGAUCAUAAAGAUAAAGAGGUUCCUAUGACCACUAAUAACGGUGAGAAAAGAAUUGAUAUUGUUCCUGCAUCGUUCAAUACGUUUUCAUCAUCUCAAGAGCUUCAUAUGCCUACACAUGUUCCAUGUGCUAAGGGCCCUUUUCCUCCAAAAAGUUUCUCUCUUCAACCAGGGGGUUCAGAAUUGGGUCAGCUGGCUACUGGUGAUACUUCCAGUUCCGGCUCAAAGAGGCAAAAGAACAAGAAGAAGUCAAAUAAGAGGGCUCGGUUGGAAUCCAUAUAA